AUGUCUAGUCCUGAGGUAGAUGAGGUGCUGUUUGCUUAUCUGACAGUUGCCCUUCAUGCAGUUAGUUUUGUCUUAAUACGAGAGGACAACGGCGUACAAAGACCAGUUUAUUACGUAAGCAAGUCCAUUCAUGAAGCCGAGGUGAGAUACUUAUCAUUGGAAAAGGCCAUCUUGACGGUGGUCCAUGCAACAUGCAAUCUUCCACAUUACUUUCAAGCCCAUACAGUGGUUUUCUUGACUCAGUUACCUCUCAAGUCCAUACUUAGAAGUGCAGAUUACACUGGGAGAAUUGCUAAGUGGGGCACAAUCCUAGGUGCUUUUGACAUCAAGUAUAUGCCUCGCACCUCUGUGAAAGGCCAGGUCCUUGCUGAUCUGGUUGCUGAGUUCGCUGAGUGUCCAGAAGAAACUAAUAUGAAGCAAAGUGACAUGGAUGAAAAAUCGGUUGGUCUGAUAUCCACACAAGGCGGUUCCUCCUGGAGGGUAUAUAUGGACGGAGUAGCAAACCAACGGGGGGCAGGAUUGGGGCUAGUUUUGAUAUCCCCUAAAGAGAUUGUCAUUGAGAAAUCCUUGAGGUUGGGAUUCUCGGCUACUAACAACGAAGCAAAAUACGUAGCUUUAUUGAUGGGAAUGAGUAUGGUCCAUAAAAUGGGUGGAAAGAUAGCAGAAUUAUUCUCGGAUUCAAGAUUGGUAGUUGGCCAAGUGAAAGGAGAACUGGAAACCCGAGAUCCAAGAAUGCAGGGGUAUUUGAGUCAAGUUAGGCGUAUGCAAACGAAAUUUGAAUCUUUCGUCUUGUCGCACAUCCCCCGAGGAGAAAAUACCCAUGCCGAUUCCUUGGCAACUCUUGCCACCUCUUCAACACGGAAUUUUCCUCAGGUGAUAAUCGUCGAAGAUUUGUAUACACCCACUUCACCAGAAAAGGACGUACGUCAGGUUCAUCAAGUUAAUCUAGCGCCGAGCUGGAUGGAUCCCAUACUGAAAUUCCUCGAAAGUGACAUCUUGCCCGAAGAGAAAAUAGAAGUUGAUAAAAUACGGAGGAAAGUUCCUCGGUUUUGGUUAUCUGAGGACAAAAAGCUAUAUAAACGGUCAUUUUCUGGGCCGUACCUACUUUGUGUACAUCCCGAGAUGUCAGAGUCACUCCUAGAGGAGCUGCAUGAAGGUAUUUGUGGAAGUCAUACAGGGGGAAGGUCCCUAUCACACCGAGCCAUUACUCAAGGCUAUUGGUGGCCACAUAUGCAGAAGGAAGCGCAGGAUUAUGUCAGAAAAUGCAACUAG